UGCAUAGGCUGGACAAAGCCAAACAGGUGGGUCCUGGAACGAGUGAUCACUCCACACGCAUGGUGGAAGAAGAGAAUGAUCGAGGAGGUCAAUAGCACAUUGUCCAAGACACGACUCGUGCUCACAGACCCAAAGAGUCUGCGCAUACCAGACACCGUCAUCACUGGAUACAUUGAGUGCGUGAGCGACUCAAAGAUGAUUGGCCAAUUCAGGUUCAUCGACAAUGUGGACGCCAUCACCAAGUUUGAGGGCAUGCGCUUCAUGCGCGCCAAGGCCAACGCCUGUCCGUUCACCGGCGAGGUUGUCGGCUACUUCAACUUCACGCUGUUCCCACUGCGACAGGCCAAGGACAGCCGCAUCGCCGAUGAGCAGGAUCGUGAGGCCGUCACCGAGUUCCUCAGCACACUCACAUACCAGUCGCGUGGCGUCGUCGCCAACCUCGACAACCAAAUGAUGGCCUACAGCGCGCUACAAGAGCGAUGUCGCCUUGACAAGGUGUUUGGCGAGUACGGCAUGGACGAUGGCGACUGUCUGCUCGACACCGAUGUCAACAGUCCCUACAUCGUGUCUCUGAUCGAGACGAUCCAAAAGUCACUGGAUCAGAUGGGCAUUGGCUUCAACGCCGUGGAGGGCGGUUGCAAAGUGCGCUUCGCUCGCCAGACCAGCCACAACCCGAUCCGUAGCAGUGGAUACCUGCCAGAGAGCCAUAUGAAGCAAGAGAUCGCUCUUUGGAUUUACAACUCAAUCAUACUCGAUAAGACCAAGUUGUGGGGAGCCAAACUGAUCGUUGAUGAGGAUGAUUCCUAA